AUUGUUGAAUCACGGGCAUCUUGUAUGUCACUUUUAAAUGGUGGUUAUCGAGCUUUACUCUGGUUUAGCCAUUAAUAACCAGUAAGUCUGAACCUAAUGGGAUCUCGCUGCAGACGCAACACAGCUCGAUGCGGACAGGAGGCACCGGCUCGUGUAAACAAAGCAUUUAAAGCCACACGGCGCUAGCAGGGCUAACAGCUGCACACAAAGGAAACGCGGCGGAUUGGGCGUGUUAUUAUAUAAUAUAAAAAAUAUUCCUGGUGAAUGAUCGCGUGCUGCACGAGCUCCAGAGAGUUCACCAGCUGUGGUGCAACAGAUCGGUCUUUGUUGAGACAGGAACAUCCUGACUCGCCAUUUGUCCUCCUGUCAAAACUCUGAUCUAACUCGGGUUAUUUCUUUGAUCUAGUCUAACUCGCGGGGUGCUGUUCCAGCUGUUAUUAGCACGGUAUCCAGCCCCCCUCCCCGUAUCGAGCCGUGCCGUGUGAAGGAAGAAGCGGCCCAUUAUGACGAUAGUCGCGGAAGGGAAGAUGCACAGGGAGACUCCUGAAAGAAAAAGUAGGUAGCGAGCUAGCCAGCGGUUAACCCGGGUGAGAUAGUUCGUCUCUCUUCCGCCUGUCACGCUUUUAAAUCACCCCUGGCUCGAGUUGAACCCGACUUAAAGAGGCUGGUGGCCCGCGUGUUUAUUGACACUUAACACCAGCGUCCCUGGGAGUCGGGGGUUAGCAUUCGGCUAACGGGGCUCAUGAGCUAGCAGCGGGGCUAAAGCUAAGUUAGCAGUGACCCAGUGACUGACGACAGCCAGCUCCUCGCUGCCGAUCAACUGACAGGACGGACGCCCACGGCGGUUACUCCUCAUCCGGACUCACGAUGGCGGCGCCCGCGACCGAGGCCGUGUUUCUGCUGAAGGAUGUAAAGCCCGGGUCCAAGAAUCUGAACAUCGUCUUCAUCGUUCUGGAAAUAGGACGAGUCACCAAGACGAAAGAUGGCCACGAGGUCCGCUCCUGCAAAGUGGCGGACAAGAGCGGGAGCAUCGCGAUCUCCGUGUGGGACGAGCUGGGCAGCCUCAUCCAGGCUGGAGACAUCAUCAAGCUCACCCGAGGCUAUGCAUCCAUAUGGAAAGGAUGCCUGACUUUAUACACUGGAAGAGGAGGAGAUCUGCAGAAGAUUGGAGAGUUCUGUAUGGUGUAUUCAGAAGUGCCCAACUUCAGUGAACCAAACCCAGACCUGCAAUCCCAAACAAACCAGAACAAGUCUGGUAAACCCGACCAGAACCAAAGGGGGAACUCUCCACCCAAUCAGAAUUCAGGUACAGCUGCGCCACCAGGUAAUGGGGCCAUGACACCGUACACCCCCACCAACAGCAACCAACAAUCCGGCCCCCCCCGGGACCCCACGUAUGGAAAUUCUGGGCGACCCAACGGUCGGUCACCGGGCAACGGAGCACCACCCUCCUCGGUGUCCGGCCCCCCCACAGCCCCAAAGUCCUCAAUCACCAUCAGCAACGGCAGGGACCCACGCCGUGCCAAGAGAUGAGAUUGAGGUGUGGCUGAUGCGAGUGGGCGUUUCAUGUUGAGGGGGUGGAAAACAAUGGAUGCCCUUAUAUCCCCCCCCGCCCCAUUAUAACUUCUGAACCAUCCCGAUCACAGCCUAGAAUGACUUUCAGACGUAACCAGUUAAAUUGGGGACUAUUUGCAUUAUUGUUCAACAGGCCAACGAAGUCAAAUGUGUCGUCUGUCCCGUGUCGUGCAAGUCGUUCUCUCAGCAGCAGCACAGUGUGACUGUGAUCCACCACUCGAUGCACGACAGGAAACGUUGAGUCGACCCUCUCAGUCUGCACCCGCGUCCUCUUCAAUCACUGAAAAUUGCCAGAUCUGUGCCAGUGUUACCCCCCCCCCCCCCCCCCCCCCCCCCCACAAACACACAGACGCUGUCCUAUAACCCUUCCUUCUUCGAACGACACACCCUACUUGAACACUCGAUGCACUUUCUUCUCUUAAUUUAUGUCGGGGACAAACUUGGCUGUCAUUUAGUUCAGGAAAUCCGUUUCUGCUUUUUCUUUUUUCAUUUUGUGGGAGAAGGCCUUAAAGUUAGUGAGUGAGUUCGCGGACCUAAUGAACAAGGGUCUUCCCCUCUCUUAGCCAAACUGCAUCCCAAGUGACUCUGUGGAAAGGACAGGUGUUAGUUAUGAACUUUUAACUGAUUUAUUUUAUUUUGUUUUCAUCCUUAAGACAUGUUUUCCUUGUUUGCCAUCAGUUGUACUCAUCGAGGUCGGAUCACGUAAGAGACUGGCAAGAUGGUUCACCGAAAUAAAUUUUACAGUAAUUUUGCUGCCA